AUGCUCAAAUGGAUAGUUCUGAGUUUGCUACUAUUAAACGAAAUGGUUCAAGCAUUCACUUAUUCCGAUCAAGAUUCAUUAGAGCCAGUCCUGUCAAGAGUUUACCGUAUGGUCAUGUUGAAAGCCAAACGUAGUCCUUCUAUGGGAUUAUCACUAGCUGAGUAUAUGGCUUCUCCUCAAGGUGGAGAUAACUUUCAUUUCAUUCCAGGUGGAAAAUGA